AUGAUCCUGCCGUACGAAGACGAACGCGCAUCCCAAACUCCCUCCCCACCCCAAAUCGCCUACUUGUCGCAUCUCAAUUCCCGCCAAUCGGACUCCAAUGGCUCCAUGUCAGCACCCAGUCGACAGAAGAAAAAUUUUUCCCGCCAUGCCUGGACGCACGACGACGUGAAUGUGAGCCGUCGUCUCUCGGAUAUUGGCGAGGAGCUCUCGCCCGCCAGAUCAGAGGGCUUCGGCGAUUCGGACGAACAAGACCUGGCCAGCUCACCGCUACUGCAUGAUCACGACGAUAAGAAUAGGGAUAAUGCUGCAUGGAGUAGUUCAAAUUCCACCAUUAGUGCGGGGAGUAGACGCGCUUCUGCAUCUAGGGAUGUGCCUGAGGCGCAUACCGGACGCGACGAAUCCCCCGUUCACCCCGAGGUCGCGAGAGCGCAAGCUACCGCGGUCGUUGGUGCUGCAGGGGGUUCUUCUGUACCGGCUAGCAACGCUGUGGCGUCUGCAGCUGCGGAGGGCAAGGGGCCCGGAGAGGAGUUUUCCUCGGCGAUACUGAGUAGCGAGGCGGAGAGGAUUCUGGAGAAUGCGAAGAAACGGUUAAAUCUCAUGGAAAACAAUCUCACUCGAGCUCGGUCGACGACGCCACGCACCGCCGCCUCACCUUCGCCCUCGAAUUCGGGAUAUAUCCAGCCAAUGGGUAUGCAUCAGCCAGUGGGCGGACUGUAUCGGUCGAUUGCGCGCACGGAUCCUAAGAGCUCUUCGCUUCGACGGCAGUCGCUCAUUGCGUCGCAGGAUACGACGAACAAUCGUCAUUCGAGAGUACACUCUGAGACGAAUAUUCCGUCUGAUUCGAGCUUUGCGAAUGAUAACAAGCGUGUCUCGCGUUCUGUCAGUGCGAUGGGCGCGAGCACUUCGUCUAGUCUUCAUACUGAUAAUCGGUCGUUCCAAUAUGCACCUACGAGAGCGUAUCUGACGCACCGGUCAUCGGUUUCUUCUACCCAGUCUCCGAUACAUAUGAAUGACCAGGGGCAACAGGAUCAGGCGGCCCAGUCACCUGUUUCCACCGAAGACAGUUCGCCGGACUCGCCGCAUGGCUUGGGAAUCUCCUCGGAGGAAGGAUCGAAAUCAAGCCCGGAUGGUUUUAGUCCGGUCUACAGCUCCUUUGGUCCCCCUAGCCGCGCGCAGUCGCAACUGCAGGUGCGUGAUCUCCAGUACCAGAUGAAGGGUCUUCACAUCAAGAUUUCUUCUCUCAAGGUGAAGACCCAGGAGGAUAAUCUUCGUCGGCGCAGCUUGCAAAGUUUACGAACACCCAGCCCAUUAACGGCCGCCGAUCACUGGUAUGCUAAUGCGCUGGAGCUCAGAGAUGGUCAGAGCAGUCGCGGUUCCAACCCUCGACGUGAUGUCAGCUCUGAAAACACCCGGGAUGUCUCGAAUGAUGCAGCGGCGGACGAUCGACGCAGAUACGAUGAGCACGCCGCUAAGAAUACACCCAAACACGCCGGAAAUCGGCAAGGGUAUGAGCCUGCUGACUAUGCCGAUGACCAAUCUGUCGCCGAGACCAUGUACGAAGAUGCCGAAGAAGGUGACUUUGAUGAAGACAUUGACCGCGAAGCGCUGGAUGAGAUCUUGCGUGAACCGCUCGACGAUGACUUCGAGAACGACAUGGAAGCCUUCCCCGACGUGCCAUCCCACACGGAUGCAACACCCCACGAGAUGCGCGAGGAUGCCUUUGACUAUGAGCAUUUCAUAUUGCAUAGCGCACUGGGCAACUACACGCAGCAACUCCGUCGGGUGAGCAACAGCUCGAAUGGAUCAGUCGAGACAACCCGGCCCACAUACGCGCGACACUCCCGUACCAACAGCAACAUGUCCGUUUCGACAGUGGCAACCUUCGCAACCGCAAAUGAAGGCGAGCGUCCCGACGACGAGGACGACGUUGACAGCGUAAUGUACUGGGACCGACGGUUCAAUCAUGAGCUGCGACAUGGCCAUAGCCAUAGCCAUUCCCAGUCUCAUGGCCAUAGCCACCAACCAAGUCCAAUCCAAGAGGUUGACAUCGAGGGUGACCGCUCUGAAACACCCCGUGGACCACGAUACAACAACGGCGACAACACCCCAGUGGACCCAAACAACCUUUCCCCUCAGAAACUUACUGGCCGCUCAUCCUCAGCCACGGCCGGUUCUGCAACUCCAACCUCUCUUGUCUCGUCCCUCGUCUCAACCGUGCGCGCGGCAUCCAUCACCCCCAGUGUCGGUGGUAUCAACGAUGAUGACACUCAGAUGCUGGAAGCACUAUUUGCCAGUCUUGGUAACGUUUGUAUGGACCUGCAGGCAAUCACGACCUCUGCGGAUCCAGACGUGAAAGCUGCGCGUGUGCUGCGGCGUCGUCUGGAUGCGGCGCGGAGAGUGCUAGAGGGAGAGCUUGAUGCUUGA